GUGUUUCCAGUGGACCUUGAACUCGUGGUGUGCUUGAUUCCCCCGAAAACAGUUUUUGGCGAGAAAGCUGGCAUUUUGCAAGAACUUAUACCCAAGGUCCCCGUGUUCCUUCUCCGCGCGCACCUAUCCCCUGCAGAUAUGUCUCAGUCGAGAAGAAAGCAUCGAGUUGGAUUUUCAGGAAAUCUGUAUUGCAUGACCAGACACAGGGGUCCAGUUUGUGCUUCGCGGCAGGAGCAUUUCUCAUGCGGGAUAAGCAUCUUCAAGAAGCCAUGUAAAAAUCUGUGAUGUUCAGGCAUACAUCGGAGACAUCAUGGGUCAAACAAAAUGCGCAUGACAAACGUUGCACUUUUCCAGACCCAGAUAUAUUUGCAAUGCAUAGCACGAGGUACACGACGAUCUCGACGGGUUGGAAAAUAAACCACAACACUACAAUACCACAUGCUACAUCUGGACCAAAAAAAUCGAAGAGCGACCUUUGGAGACUAUCCAGAUCCGCCGGAGCGGACCAUCCACGAUGGAGAAUAAAUACAUGCUGAGAACCGUCUUCGAAUCAACAGACAAGUUUGAAGAGCACCCGGACUCGCCGCCUGACCACCAGCAGCAGUUUGAAGAUCACCCGGAGAAGGUCGUUAUGCCCUUUUACCUCGGCCGCCUGACCAGCAUGCAGGCCUUGGACACGAUAUUGCGAAACCACGAAGAAAAGCCACAGGUAAAGCGUCUAGUUAAUAGGCCGCGACGCAUUAGAAACUAACUGGCACUCCAGAUUUCGACGAAGGAAUUUGUAAUGCAGAUUUGAAGAAUCGAAGUGGUUUUAUUUUAGAUGGUGUUCGCUUACGACUUCGGUAUGAAUGCGUCUGACAAUUAACCUCUCCACUUCGUGUGUAGAUCCUUCAGGCCUUGGAAAAAAUGACGAAAAAAAAUCACAGGAGAAGUUCGACGGGCUAUGGCGAAACGGGAACCACUUCCUUCUCGAUCUGCUCGAGCCGUUCCACCCCUAUGCAUUGCAAAUACCGCUCUGGGUCUGGAGGAUUACGCCCUGUUAUGGCAUGCUUUUGGAACCUAUCGAAACCUGUAUAUUGUCAUGCGAGGACAUGGGCUGCGUCAACAUCAAGAAGCAGUUGGGCAAGCUGCUCCGUCACCAGGGCAUAGAUCACGACAAACAGCGUGCUUUAACGUUUUAUGCAAAAUGUGCAUGACCAACACCUGCUUUUAUUUUGCAGAUCCAGACAUGUUGGCAAUUGAUAAUUCCCCAACAGAAAACAUGUCCGCGGAGAACCAAAGGCUGUACGCGCAACGGCGAGAGGGCAUUUUCGUGCCGGACAAAGAUGACGAGGAACAUGAUUACGAGCGGACGUACAAGCGGACGAUGAAGAUGACCGCGGACCGCCUGCAGUUUUUCGAGAAACGUAUGAUAUCCGGAGUAAGAGCGGUCGCACAUGAUCGUCUCGCAGUUCAAAACGCAGGCAUCAACAGCAUUGGAGCGUAGGUCGUUUUCCAGAGUUGGGUCGUAGCGCUGCAUCGCAGCCACGCAAGAUUCUGUGUUUUUUGUUUCGUGAAGUUUUAUUUCUUUUCGUCUGUUUUUCAAAUUUGGCACAAAUGUGAUCUGCUACCGCUCUUUUCCGGGUGGAUACCUAUCGGAGCUACCGGAAGCCUUGCGAGCAGGGGAGUAUCGCACAGAAAAGGACAGGAAGUGUAUAUUUGCAUAUCCGACAAGGAAUCGACGAAAAAAUCUGUAUUUUUGCGUGUCCUAAACAAUAUUCUAUGCCCUCACCCCGGACAGAUUUUUUUGUUUUCUGCAUUAAGUGCAAAUAUGUCUAGCCUGUCUUUUUCUGUGGGAUAAGGAGUUUGACAAGCUCAAGCAGUACUGGCUCCGCCUCCAGAUCUGUAUCCUACAGAAAAGUAUACCCGUAUCAGAAAAAUUUGAAUUUGCCUCGCCAAAGACGCGCUACGACAAUCAGCUUUGUAAUGCGGAGACCACAACAUGCUUUAUUUUCUGGCACGCAGAAGUUGUAAUGCGCACAAGCAAUUUGAAUAGAAGGUGGUGGCAGGAAAUAAAGUUGUGUUUCUGAACAGACAAAAAGUGCAUGGUAAUUUGAUUUCGCAUGAAUGCGGUAUGGGUCUGCUUUUCUAUGGGAUAGCCUAUGGAGAAUAAAAAGGGCAGCACCAAGACAUGAAGAGAAAAAGCUCGUAUCUAACGAGGACAAGCUCUCUAUGUAGUGCGAAUAUGUCUGAGUCUGGAAUGUUGGGGGAGUUUGUGAUGCGAAUUUUCGACCACACAAAAACCUGUGUAAUUGCAUGAACAGCAAAAGGUGCUCAGAUUUUAGCUGCCCGGAGAAGGCAUUUCUCAUGCAGGAUACGCAGGAGCAAGCCUUCGCAAAGCCUGUAAUGCUACAAAAUGCAUCACCGACAUAGCGGGUCAUCUGAAAUCUGCAUCACAAAUUCCCUGAAUAUUCCAGACCCAGACAUAUUUGCACUUGAUACUCCUUGCAUCCAAACAACUGUUUGUGGUUUUUUUGAAUUUUUGCCUAUCCACAGCAAAUUUCCCGUACACGUGCAAACGCUGUUUCAUCAGGACAGAACUUGCAGCCUUCAAACCUAUUCAGCAUGACAAACUGGACACUGCAAGUUCUAGUGAAGUUUGUCAUGCAUCUUGUACAUGUACGGGAAAUUUGUAUUGCAUAUUGCAUCAGUGUUGUCGUGUGGAUCUUUCGAGCCCGUCUUGGUGAUGAACCGUUACCGCGUGAUACAGGGAACCUCGAGGGGAGGAACAUGAACGCCCCAGUGCCCUUCGAUCUGGCCUACACCGACGAAGGCGAAGUAUCCAAAUGAAAAAUCCCUGCUCUCCCUCAUGCUGAAAAGUAUGCAUUGCCGAAAUGCCCGGGCCUGCAACAGUGCGAACUUCUUGUCAUGCUAAAUAAAAGCCGGGGUGAUAUUAGUGCUGCAUGAUUCCCAAAUGAUAUUAAACUUGUCAUCUUUGGACCACGUUAGAAGAGAGUUGCUCAUGCAGGAUAGGCAUGGUGGAUAGCUGUGUCCGCAAAUCAACUCUGUAUUGCAAAAAGGCAGCCUCUCAAGCCUUUGCUUCUCAGGGCACCAGGUGAUUUCUGCAGAUUCUGUGAGACGGACAGUUAUCUGUCAUGCGCAAAGACCUCCACUUCCACACUCCUACCUAGACUGAGGACCUGCCUCCAGGUCCCGACCCAGUAAAACAGCACACCAAAGUUUUUUACAAAAUAAAAUUUGUAUGGAUAUGGUGCUGGGCUGCAGUAUGGAGAGGGUUUUUUUUCAGUUUGAAACAGUCCUACCCCAAUGUACAACGGCAUCCCGCACGCACCCAACGACGUCUCGCAGCCGAAACCCCCACCCCCAGACAACGGGGACGACAACACCGGCCGCCCACUGCUCGACGGCGCAGCAGUGCCGGCAUCUCCAGACCCAAUUCCUGUCGGUGAAAAACCUCCGGAAACGCCAUCAUCGGCAAAAGAACCCGACGAGCCGAUGCAGGACGCGCCCAACAUCCACCAUGA